AUGGCGAGUGAGGCCAGUGUGGAUGCGAGUGUUGGUUUGGGAGCGGGGGCUGCUCCGGGUUGGGGUGGUGCUCCGGCUCAGGGUCUUGAUGACUUAGUGGUGGGUUUGCUGACGCAGUUAUUGGCUCGUUUUCCGCCAGUGGUUCCACAGGGGGCUCCGGGAGUACCUCCAGUGGCAGAGGUGCAGCAGAGGGCUGCGGGUUUGUUCAGCCGCAGGCUGUGGGGUUUGGUGGUGCCGCCUAUCUUGGAUAUGAUGGGGCACAUGCAGAGGAUUGGUACGCCGUACUUUGAGGGCGGAGUUAGCCGGAGGCGGCAGAGUGUGUCAGAGAUUGGAGCGGAAUUUCCAGUCUAUCAGAUUGUCUGGUUUAGUACCAGGUGA